GACUCCAUUCAGCCGAUUGGCGAGUCCCGGGCACCGGGAGUGUAUAAAACGGCCAGGCUGCCUGCUGGAGACUCACACCAAACAACCGCUCUGCUCCCAAGACAGAGACGAGGAAAGUGACAGACAGACAGACGGGCUCCGGAGGAAGGAAGGCGCUUUUCAAGCGGCUGCAAAAAGCAAAGCUCUUCCGGACAGGAGCGACCCUCGCAGCCAGCAAGCGCGAGUUUCCCAACGCUCAGCCGGACAAGUCCUCUCGGCCAGCGCGGUCCCACGCAGCUUUCGCAGCGCCUCUUGCUCUCAGCAUGCUCGCCGGGAUGGGCUUCAGCAGCUUCGCCUUGGCGCUCCUCGUCGCCCUCUUGAGCCGGGAGGUGGCCGGUCAAGACUGCAGCGGGCAAUGCCAGUGCGGACCCGCGCCUCCCCAGUGCCCGCCGGGGGUCAGCCUGGUGCAAGACGGCUGUGGGUGUUGCCGGGUGUGCGCCAAGCAGCUGGGCGAGCUGUGCACCGAGCGGGACCCCUGCGAUCCUCACAAAGGACUCUUCUGCGACUUCGGGUCCCCGGCCAACCGCAAGAUUGGAGUAUGCACCGCAAGAGAUGGUGCCCCAUGUGUCUUUGGAGGCAUGGUGUACAGGAGCGGAGAGUCUUUCCAGAGCAGCUGCAAAUACCAGUGCACUUGCCUGGAUGGGGCCGUGGGCUGUGUACCCCUCUGCAGCAUGGAUGUUCGCCUGCCCAGCCCCGACUGCCCUUACCCACAAAGAGUUAAGCUCCCAGGCAAAUGCUGUGAGGAAUGGGUGUGCAAUGAGCCCAAAGACAAAGAACAGACAGCAGUCGGACCUGCUCUUGCUGCUUACAGACUGGAAGACACCUAUGGACCUGACCCAUCGAUGAUGCGUGCCAACUGCCUGGUCCAGACCACAGAAUGGAGUGCCUGCUCGAAGACCUGUGGAAUGGGCAUCUCCACCAGAGUCACCAAUGACAAUGCCCACUGCAGACUGGAGAAGCAAAGCAGACUGUGCAUGGUGAGACCUUGUGAAGCGGACCUGGAGGAGAGCAUCAAGAAAGGCAAAAAAUGCAUCCGCACUCCCAAGAUCUCCAAGCCUAUCAAAUAUGAGCUGUCUGGUUGCACCAGUGUGAAGACGUAUCGAGCCAAGUUCUGCGGUGUUUGCACCGAUGGCCGUUGCUGCACCCCCCACAGAACAGCCACCCUCCCUGUGGAAUUCAAGUGUCCUGAUGGUGAGGUCAUGAAGAAGAGGAUGAUGUUUAUCAAGACCUGUGCAUGCCACUACAAUUGCCCUGGGGACAACGACAUCUUUGAGUCGGUGUACUACCGGAAGAUGUACGGAGACAUGGCAUAAAACCCAAAGAGAGACUUUGAAAAACUUGACGGUCAACUUGAACUGAUCAUUGCAUCUCAUUUUUGUAAAACAUGAUUCAAUAGCACAAGGUGUUUAAAUGUCUUUUUAAAAAACAAAACAAACUGAUAUGACUUAAGACAAAAAUGCCUACUGACCCCAAACAUUGGUUUGAAGGAGAAAUAAUAAUAAGAUGGACAGUGAGGAAUGACAGUUAAGUUGUGCCUCAGAACAGAAAAUAUGGGGAUGAUAUAUAGGGAUUACUUAAGGGGACAUGUGCAGCCUUGAGCAGUGUGGUGUGGUAGCAUGCGUUCCACCAAAUAGUGCAAUUAAAAAGGACCCUUAGCAAGGUUACUGUCACUGGUUUCUGUGAUGGUAAGUGCUGGAUUGGAAAUUCUCACCCAGCAAGGUGCUAGGUAAUUGUGUUUUGUCAGAACAUCAAUAAUUCUGCUUGGAAGUUCUGAUUCAAAUGGUUUGUUCAAAAUGAAUCGGAAUUAGACUGGACAGCUUGUGGCAAUGAAUUUACCAGUCACAAGCUAGAUUUUUUUAAUUAAUAUUGUAAUGUUAUGAUCUUGUAAAUACUCUGUGUGUGUACAUAUAUAUAUAUAUUGUACAGUUAACUAAAUUAAUUUAAAGUUUUAUUGACUUUUUUGUUAAUGCUUUGAUACAUCAGUGAUAGCCUCUUCUUUUUUACAAUUCAAGGCUUUACCAUUCAAUUACGAUCCAAUGCAUUCAUUUAACACAGGAAAUAGAUUCUCUUAGGGAAGUUCGGUUCAGUCAGUGGGGGUGAGUGGGCACAAUGAACUAAACUUUGCUGAAGAAGAUGCACCAGUAGAGUCCUUUUGAAGCGUGUCAUCAAAUUAAGGACGAGGAGGGGAAAAUAUGAUUCUCUCUGCCUUAAUGAACGUGGACUGUAGUAAAACAAGUGGCUCAUUUGUAGAUGACCAAUCUUUCCACUUGGGAAUAGUUUUGUUACCUGUCAAAAAGUGUGACCAAAAGUUACAUGUCUGCACCUUUCUAGCUGGAAAAAAAAUAAAGUAUUUUAUUUUUUAUAUAAA